AUGCACUUCAAGACUCUCGCUGCCUUGGCCGUGAGCCUGGCCUCCGUCUCCCCCGCUGCUGCAGACACGACGACCACCAUCGACGCCAAGUCGAACCGUGGCACCUGGGAGGGAUGGGGAACUUCUCUCGCCUGGUGGGCAAAGCGCUUCGGCACCCGCGAUGACCUCGCCGACAUCUUCUUCACCACCAAGACCACUACCUUCGGCGGCGCAAGCCUCCCCGGUCUGGGCUUCAAUAUCGUUCGUCACAAUGCCGGUGCUUGCAGCACGAACAGCAUCAACGGCGAGAGCAUGGUGGUCUCGACCAAGAUGAUGGCGUCCCGGCAGAUUGACGGACACUGGGUCGACUACACCAACACCGACCCGGCCUCAUCUGCCUGGAAGUGGGACGUCGACGUGAACCAGCGCACCAUGAUGCAAAAGGCCAAGAGUCGCGGCGCAAACCGCUUCGAGCUCUUCUCCAACUCACCCAUGUGGUGGGCAACCAAGAACCACAACCCGUCCGGUUCCGCCGACGGCAGCGAGAACAUCCAGUCGUGGAACCUCCAGCAGCACGCUGUCUAUAUGGCGAAUAUUGCCAAGUACGCAAAGGACAACUGGGGCAUCACCUUCGAGACCGUCGAGCCCUUCAACGAGCCCACCGCGAACUGGUGGAAGGCCGACGGCACACAGGAAGGCUGCCACAUUGACGUCGCCACGCAGGCAACAAUCAUCAACUACCUCCGCACCGAGCUCAACAACCGCGGCCUCACCAGCAUGUCCAUCGCCGCCUCGGACGAGUCCUACUACGACCAGGCCGUCACCACGCUUCAGAACCUCGGCGACACCGCCCUCAAGAACGUCGCGCGGAUCAACGUCCACGGGUACCAGUACGCCAGCGGCGCCCGCGACAAGGUCUACUCCCUCGCCUCGGCGCGCGGCCUCCGUCUCUGGAACAGCGAGUACGGCGAGAGCGACGCGACGGGCGAGAGGCUCGUGAGCAACAUGCUUCUCGACUUCCGAUGGCUGCGGCCCACGGGUUGGGUGUACUGGCAGGUUCUUGACGGCGGCGGCUGGGGUGUUAUUGAUGCGGACAAUGAGGCUGGUACGCUUGGCUCGGCGAACCAGAAGUACUUUGUCUUUGCGCAGUUUGCGCGCCAUAUCCGCGAGGGCAUGCGUAUUCUGGAUGGCGGUUCGGAUAAUGUCGUCGCGGCGUACGAUGCGGCCAACUCGAAGCUUAUCAUCGUUGCUGUCAACUGGGGCGCGGCGCAGUACCUCAACUUUGACCUGAGCGGAUUCUCGCAAGCGUCGACGAACGGUGCUACUGUCACGCGGUGGAGAACGCAGAUUGGAAGCGGUGAUCGCUAUGUGCAGGCGACUGAUACUACGAUCAGCGGGACCAAGUUCUGGAGUUACUUUGAGACCAAGAUGGUGCAGACGUUUGAGAUUCCCAACGUCAAAUUGUGA